AUCCGCUUGAAUUGAAUGAAUUGACUGAUUUAAAGAGACUUUGGUUUUGUUUUGUUUUGUUCAUUCUCUGCGCUCGUCACUAAUCACCCAACGCCGAUGUCGAGAAGACUAGUGUUGGGAGGAACGAAGCUUUUCGAGGCAUUAAUCAAUUUAAAUGAAUCUGGCCGCACCGAUGUCAACAAAUUAGGUCAUGAGCAGAGUCAAAAUUUGGCACAACACCAAUCCAAUCCGAAAAACCCCUUAAUCCAUCACACCUGAGCCGUGCUGAUCAGGGGCUGAUCAAAUCAAGAGUCUCGGGGCUGGAGUUAUUAGAGCUCCUUGGAUUUCUGCUCCAUCAACUCGUUUUCACUGAGAUAACCGGUCGAGAAGAUGAACGCUCGGGUGUGCUGCUCUUUAACUGCUGUUUUGCUGUGUCUCUCUGUGUGCUUGAGCACAACAGACGCCAAAGGACGUGUCACAAAGAAGCCAGGAGUUUGUCCAAGGAACAAUGUAAUAGGAAUUUGUGUUGUGAGGGAUAACUACUGUUUCAAUGACGGUGACUGUCCUAAUGAUCAGAAAUGCUGCAGUUAUGGAUGUGGACGUCAGUGUAGGAGUCCAUAUAAAGCAAAGCCAGGAGUGUGUCCAAGCAAAACCCUUGGAGUAGGACUGUGUGUCACGUCGUGUUCCCUAGAUAGUAACUGUCCGAAUGAUCAGAAAUGCUGCAGCAAUGGAUGUGGACGACAGUGUAUGGCUCCAUAUAAAGAAAAACCAGGAGUGUGUCCAAAAACAACUCCCAUAAUAAAAGGUGUUUGCGCUGAGUUGUGUUCUCAUGAUGGUGACUGUCCGAACGAUGAGAAAUGCUGCAGCAAUGGAUCUGGACAUCAGUGUACGGCUCUACCUAAAGCAGAAAAGCCAGGAGUGUGUCCAAUGACUUUGGCUGGAGUAAGAGGACCGUGUGAAGAGUUGUGUGUCAGUGACUUUGACUGUCCGAGAAAUGAGAAGUGCUGCAGCUCUAUAUGUGGAGGACGGAUAUGUACACCUACAUCUUAAGACAGAAGUGUCCCAGACACCGGUGGACAUGCAUGCAGAGAACACGCCAGUUUAUCUACUGUAAAAGGUCUUUGAUUGCCCCCCCCCCCCAAAAUGUUGUACUUGGGGCAUUUUUGGCUUCCUCAAAUAAAUCUGUUUAAAGGUCUGUGUGAA